GGGAAAAGACCGACGUCGAUACAAAACAACGUCAUCACGCAUAUAUCCGAACUGUCCUUGAAGCCAUAACACAAGCAAGAUGGUUGCAUACUGGAGACAGGCAGGCCUCAGCUACAUCCGCUUCUCCGCUAUCUGCGCUACCGCUGUGCGGGCUGCGAUGAAGCCGCAGUUUAAAGCCGCGGCAUUGAAGGCCGUAGAAUCCAACGUCAAAGUCUACAAACCCAAAAAAGCAGCAUGAUCUGAGACUGAUGUCCAUAGUUUCCCCUGAGUUUUGAGGUCCUUUCACUGUCCUGUCCUGCACUACAUGGAAAAGGAAAAAAAGAUGGAUGACAUCAAGUUGACCUGAAUGAAUUUGCUGUACUCACCCUUACAUUUGUAAUUAAAAUGGAUAUCUGAAAUGCA